UAUACCCAAAUGACUGUAUUCAAUGAAUGAAUGUUCUGCCUCCCUAUUUUCACCAGUAUGUGAUUGGCGGGGCUGAUCAUGAAUCGACAGCGGUCAUUGGAGUUCAAAUCUUUGAGAAAUCUAGUGGGGAAUGGAUAAACCCCACUGUACUGGGUACUAAACCCAAGGUGUCAAAUGGCCACUCAGCUGUUCUUUUAAAUGGUGAUCGUAUAUUGGUUAUUAAGGGAAAUUCCAAGUCUGAUGGAUGCUUUUGGUUUCUUGAGGUGGGCACCCCAUUUAUAAGAGAACAGGAAAAGACACAUGGGAAUGAGGUGGUUGCCUGGAGUAAGGGAGUUUUAGGUAAUGUGGAGAAGCCUAUUGUCAUUAGUGGCCCUUCUGGAGUGGGGAAGGGUACCUUGAUAUCUGAACUAAUGAAAGAGUUCCCAUCUAUGUUUGGAUUUUCUGUGAGCCACACAACCCGGGCACCAAGAGAAAAAGAGCAGAAUGGAUUUCAUUACCAUUUCAGUGACCGCAGUGUAAUGGAGAGAGAGAUAAAGGAUGGGAAAUUCCUGGAGUUUGCUUCUGUUCAUGGUAAUCUUUAUGGAACCAGUGUCGAAGCAGUUGAGGUGGUUGCUGAUGCUGGCAAGAGAUGCAUCCUCGAUAUUGAUGUUCAAGGUGCAAGGUCUGUGAGAGCUAGCUCUCUUGAUGCUAUUUUCAUUUUUAUAUCUCCACCAUCAUUUGAAGAACUUGAGAAGCGCCUUCGUGCAAGAGCAACUGAGACUGAAGAGCAAAUCCAAAAGCGUCUCCGAAAUGCUAGGGCGGAACUCGAACAAGGAAAAUCAUCAGGCCUCUUUGAUCAUAUUUUGGUGAACGAUGACCUAGAAAGUUGUUAUGAGAAUCUUAAGAACAUCUUGGGUCUCACUGAAGGUGUGAAGACUGCUCAUAAAACAUAUCCAGAAUUAGUCGACUUGCCUGUUGAACAUUUAGUCUCGAAGAUUGAUCAGAAGAUUUUAAUUAACUGCGGUGCUGGAGAAUAUCAAAAGGCAUCAGAUAACAUGUAUGUUCUGGACUUGUCUUUGCUCAAAGGAGGGGCCCCAGGACGGACACGAGGACUAAAUCUAUUUGUCACCAAUCCUUCCACUGAUAGAGUAAAUGGCGACAAUCAACUGAGCUAACCUACCACACCCCUGGUUUCAAUAAUUGUUUUACACUUCUUACGUCUCUAUAGGUUCGAGCCCUUGAAGAGAACCACAAUUUGACUACGUGAUAUCUUACUUGGAUAGUUUGAACUGUUUAGUCCCUAAUACAGCUAUUAAACGAGAAAUGAUUUCUAAUUGAUUCGAAAAUUGUAGGUUAGCAGCCUGAACUAUUGAAAGCCUAAGAUAUGUAACUGUUCUACUCAAUGAUUACAUAGAGCAAGAAUGAGUAUGUUGGAUGUAAUUCUUUCAGCUUUUUCUAUAGCUUAUUCAUAUAUCUGUUUUUUCAA